AGGCAUGACUUUAGAAGUAAAUGCACAAGCCUCACAAUGUACUCUAUAUCCAGGGGAUAGCUUACAAUGGGUUCAAGGUGCUGAGAUUGUUUCUCUGCUGACACUUGGGCUGCUGGAUGUUUCCAUUCUAGCAAGGUGACCUGUAAAAGGCUUGUAUUCCAAACAACACCAAAACCAGUCAGAUAAACCAGACAGGGAUGAAACAAAAGAUUAGCAUUUUGUUUAAAGCACGGAAGUCAGUCUGUGAAAGUAACAUGAAAACAGGGUCUCUUUCCUUUGUUUACCCUUCUGCAAAUGUUUGCUUAGGAGCAAUAAGAGUUAAUUGUCAAACUUUACAAUGUAGCCAGAGAUUUUCUCAUAAAAUGUAUAACAGACUCUGCCCAGAUGGCAAAUGCUGAUAUGUAAAUCUAAAACAUGAAAAUUUCCAUUGGGGGCCAGAUGGUGGCUUAAUGUGAAUUGUUUAACAUUUAUGUUUAUCUUAUUAAAAGUGCCUUUAUAUGUCCAAACUAAGCUAUCAAAGUGGUUGGAAGAGCAUAUCACUAAAUGAACAGAAAAAUCAAACCAUCAGUACAAGCCACCUCCUGCUUACAUGGAUCAUGGGAAAGCAAACAUGUCUUCUGUUGAGAGAAGUUGCUUCUGUGUCUUCAAAAUUGCGAAGAAAAUCAGACCAAAAUCAACCAAAAUCAAAUCUGUCUGCUUGGGAAAAGUCUUAAACCCAUACCAUUUUCUCCAGAGUUAAAAAUGUUGGAAGACAGUAAUACACAAGUAGAAUCCAUAAUGUAUGUGCCCUUGGCCUGGGCGUUGGUGUUCGGAGGGAAAGAGCUGAGCUCCAGGCGAGGGGAAGCACUGUGGCUGCAAUCCCUCCUGGGCACAGGCCGGGCUCUUCCUGCGCGGCCUCUUGGCUCUGCCAAACCCAUCGUUUCCUCUGAUGCAAUCCAAGGAGUUGCACAAGGCAGGAAAGAACAAGUGGGCGCUUGUGGAGGCUGUCACAUGAGGCUGUGCCUUUGCAGUAACUGUGUCUGAUAUUCAGGGAAGUGGUCAGCCUGGCUCUGCAGGGCAGCUGCCAGCUCUGGCUCAGAUGAAUCUUUCACAGGACUCGGGCUGCACGUGUUCCAGUUUAGAUGCCAGUCUGUGCUCGCUUGUCCCUCCAGUGAGUCUUUCUGAGACCUCCUGAGCACAUCCUGUUGAGGCAUCUAAAAACCAGCGGGUCAUUCUCAGACAGGUUUAAUAGCUGUAGUUACAACACUCCAGGCAUCUUCUGGGAUACUUUCACAGUAGAAGGGGAAAAUUGCUUGAUUGAUGAAUGUAAAAUGGAAUGCCUGCCUGUGUGGGUACCUCUGUGUAUGUGUGUGCUGGUGCUCAAGAAGGCAGGGAAAUAAAGAGGAAGACUGUGGGGAGGCUAAAGGAACAAAAUUGCAAAAUGUUUACUUUAAACUGCAAGGGUUUUUUUCAGAGUUCUUUGCCAUUACCUCGUGCUUUUUGUGGUUGUGAUUCAUUCCUUAGUGAAUCACUGGUCAGUGUUGACUCCCUUAACUUUGACCUGAGGCUUUGGACUAAUGACCAGAAUACUUUUUUCCCUUGAAAAGGGAAGUAUUACUAAAAGCACUGGCUGAAAUUAUAGGUAAGUGUUAAGCGGCAGGUUAAUAUUUAAAUUAGCGUGCUGUUAGAUACUACAUAUCAGCAUACUGACCAGAAGAACACUUCCUCCACGUAGCCCAUUUAUGUUAAGAGAAAUUAAUUAGCUGAAUUGUUAUUCAAAGUUAAUAUUGCUGUAUUUAUGUACAACUUUUUAAAAUGAAAAUGGGAGGGCUCUUUUCCGGUUACACGGUGGUAACAAAAACAAUACAACCCAUCCCUUUGGUUUUAAGUGUUGCUAGCACAAUUAAAUAAAAUUUAAAAGUGCUCCUGAUAAGCAUUGCCCUCCAGGAUAGAGCAUGACACUGUUUGGCAAAGCUUAGCUCUUUGCUAGAGAUAAGACACUGACCUAAAUAUGGUCCUUUGAAGAAUGGCGAUAUGAGCCAAUCAGUGCUGUUGUAUUUGUCAAACAACAGCUCAAGAUCCUGACAGUCUUGAUAAGUAUUCCAGCAUAUUCAUUCAGAAAAGAAUCCUGAACUGACUGCUGCAUGCACAAGGAGGCAGUGGUGUACAGCCGCAGCAUUUCCUUUGGUCAGCUGCUGUCUUUGGAGACAUCUCAUCCCGCAAAGGAGACAGCACCCAAAGCUUCUUACUUGGACAUGAACUUGAUCGACAUCCUUUGGAGGCAAGAUAUAGACCUUGGGGCAGGACGUGAGGUUUUUGAUUCUAGUCAGCGGCAGAAGGAGUAUGAACUCGAGAAGCAGAAGAAACUUGAAAAGGAAAGACAAGAGCAACUCCAGAAAGAGCAGGAGGAAGCUUUGUUGGCUCAGCUGGAGUUAGACGAAGAGACAGGUGAAUUCAUUCCUGUGCAGCCAGCUCAGUGCAUUCAGUCAAAAGAUACUGAGCCACCCGCUGUUUUCUCACAGACCACAGAGCCUUCAAAACCAGAAGCAGAGGCCUUGUCCUUUGAUGACUGCAUGCAGCUCUUAGCAGAAGCAUUCCCUUUUCUAGAUGAGCAUGAGGCUUCUUCAGCUGCAUUUCAGUCACUGGCUCCUGCUCAGGUCAAUAGCAACCCAGCCUUUGUUUCCUCUGAUCAAACUCAGCCACCUGAAUCCUCUGAUCUAGUACAACCCACUGAUGCAGAGAAUAUGCAGAACAUAGAACAAGUUUGGGAAGAAUUACUGUCCCUUCCAGAGUUACAGUGCCUGAACAUCGAAAACGAUAACCUGGCUGAGGUGAGCACAAUCACGAGCCCUGAAACCAAGGCAGCAGAGAUGCACAACGGCUACAAUUACUGCAGCUCAUUACCCAUGUUGAAAAAAGAGGUUAACUGCAGUCCAGAUUUUUUGGAUGGUAUGGAGGGCCCCUUCUCGGGCAUUUUGCCACCAGAAGACACCAGCCAGCUGAAUGUGAACUCUUUAAAUGACACAUCCCCUUCAAACCCUGAUUUCUGUGAGGAUUUCUACACCACGUUUAUUGAUACAAAGGUGAACGGUGAUGCAGCAGCAACGAACGCUAUCAGUCAAUCCCUGGCAGAGAUUCUAAGUGAACCUAUUGAUCUUUCUGACUUUGCACUGUGUAAAGCUUUUAAUGGCAGCCACUCAGGGACCAGAGCAGAAUGUAACGAUUCUGACUCCGGUAUUUCACUGAAUGCAAGUUCCAGCGUAGCAUCGCCGGAACACUCUGUGGAAUCAUCUGCUUAUGCAGAUAAGACUUUGGGUUGCAGCGAUUCUGAAAUGGAAGACACGGAUAGUGCUUCUGGAAGAAUGCUGCAGAGCAGUGCUGGCGUGUACUCUUUGCACCUCCAGGAUCAAGUGUAUUCUUCCUUAGGGCCAAGCACUCAAACACCAGGUUUGCCAUGUACAGCCACACCAAAGAAAGAACCCCCCCCUGCUCCUGGCCAACCCAAAGCUCCCUUCACAAAAGAUAAACCUCCAGGCCGCCUUGAAGCUCAUCUCACAAGAGAUGAGCAAAGAGCAAGAGCUCUGCAGAUCCCUUUUCCUGUUGAAAAAAUCAUCAACCUCCCUGUUGCGGACUUCAGUGAAAUGAUGUCUAAGGAGCAGUUCAAUGAAGCCCAGCUCACACUUAUUCGAGAUAUACGCAGGAGAGGCAAGAACAAAGUGGCUGCUCAAAAUUGCCGUAAAAGAAAACUGGAAAAUAUAGUAGAACUGGAGCAUGAUUUGAGUAACCUAAAAGAUGAAAAAGAGAAAUUGCUUAAGGAAAAAGGAGAACAUGACAGGAGCCUUAAUCAAAUGAAAAAGCAGUUCACUACCUUGUACCUCGAGGUCUUCAGCAUGCUACGUGAUGAAGAUGGAAAGCCUUACUCUCCUAGUGAAUAUUCACUACAGCAAACUGGAGAUGGCAAUGUCUUUCUUGUUCCCAAGAGCAGGAAGUCAGGGACUAAACUUUGAAGGGCAGUACAGCUGGCUCCCGUUCUCCGAGUUACUAUUUUUGUAUCAUUAUCAUGAUAGUUUUUACUGUGAGGUGGAAUGCAGAAUUAAGUAACAUUUGUCAAGUAAGUCUAUGCAAUGAUAAUUUUAAAGUUGUUAAUUAGUUUAUGGAAGAUGCAAGUUGAAAAUUAAUUGCAUAAUGCAGAUGGCUGUAUACAGAAUUUUUAAUCUGACUUUAAAACAGACAUUUCCUUCUUAUAGCACAACUUUGACUAGUUUCCAUAUAUAUGUAAAUAUUUAAAUAUGCCAUAUUUAUAUACUGUUCCUAUCUAUUGUUAUAUUCAUAGAUUUUAUAUAUAUAUAAAUGAUUUUAGCCUUCUAAAUAUAAUUUCUUGCAAGACAACCAGGAUUGCUUCUGAUAUUUUGUACAAAUAUGCAAGCAAUAGUGCUCCCCAUUUUUCUUACACAUUUAUACUUGCUUUAUAUUUAAUAUAUUAAUUUAGUAAAAAAGUUGACACUCAGUGUUUGAUUUUGCUUUAGCAGCUCAUUAAACUUUUUAAACUCUACUUCACAUGCAUUUAUUUCCCUAAAGAAGAUAAAUCCUUGCUAGUUUUCCAAGGCUGUCUUCCUGUAGCAUGAUAAUUAAUCACACAGUAGUGUCAACAUCACUAACACUUCACUCAACUUCUUUUAAUAACCUUUGGAAAGACCAUGUAACACCAAAUUUCAAGUCUAUGCUAAGCUCACAUUUUUGUUUUCCUCCUUGAACACUAUGUAAAUUCAUAAGAUCUUUUCACCAAAGGCAUUUAAAAUCUUACAUGUUAAAGCAUUGUCAGCAUUAUGCCUUUUUCUAGCUAAAAUUUCUGUAGGCUUUUGAGCAAUUCUCCUAGAAAUACACUACUGUGCCUGACGUCAAUUGAUGAGCAUCAUGCAUCCCUGCUGUUACUUUGGUGCUUAUGGAAAACUGUGUAUUAGCAGCCAGCCACUUGCCCUGUUUGCAAUCUCUGCUUAGUGAAUUGAAAAGCUUUGUGGAGUUUAAAUUCUGAUUUAUAAAAGAAUAAAAAAUGGGCAAAAAAAUAGCAUUGUUUUGGUUACUACUCAGUGGAGUUCAUUGCACUUGAUCAUUUUGGAUUUUUUCAAUACAGAAAAUGCCUGAUUUGUAAGACAUGUUGAUCUGAAUAUUAAAACUAUCUUCAUCCA